AUGGCUGGGCAAGGCUGUGCGAAGACCAUCGCCAAUGAGCGCGCAGCUCGUAUCAAAGCCACUGGACAACGUGUCUAUAUCUCCGGGCUUAAAGGUCAUCACACGCUCGAGACUGGCGUUGCGUAUCACUACCGAGGCCACUUCAUCUAUGCUUUUCCAGCUAGCAACCCCAUUGAACCUGUCCCAUUUUCAACAAAAAAGGGCAUCAACAUAGUAGGAGUCGUCAAAGAUCAAGCGCCCAUUUACAAUCAUACAGACCCGGAUCUUAUACUCGAACAGGAUAUUGCCGCCUUACAGAAGUCUUGCGUACACGAAUGGGAAUUCCAACAAGCGCAGGAAGAACUCAAGAAGCAGGAGACGAGGAAGGUACUUGAAGCAGAAGAGACGGGAGAACACAAGAGAAUUGAAACCGAGACUGUGGCAAGCAGCACAAAGGAUUUUGACGCUGCUACGACUCCCAAGGCAAGCGCACAGGAACCCUUGCCCACAAGCACUUCGCGUCUGAACCAACUUCUCGCAGAAGAAGGUUUCCGCCGGUCCAUGAGUCCUCUUGCAGAUGUAACAGAGGACCAUCUGCGAGGAAGCGGACACCGGGAAGGACGAGAUGGGGAACUGGUAGCCAACCUUGGGGUAUCACAGGGCUGGAUGGACCCAGACGAUAUUUCUGCGUUUGUGGAAACUGUGAGCCGGAGGCCGUCGCCUUCUCGUGUCUCUUUGCGGUCUCGCUCGCGCCCGUUGUCAAGGGUGAAUAGCCGGGGUCCACGGGGUGAUUCAAACUCACCCGAGAAGGACGUCGAUGAGGGUUUGUAUCUCCAUGGUCUGGGUCAUCCGGAUGUGAUUCGUAAUGAUGCAUCUAGGGCUCAGACAAGGGAGUCUAGCCCGUUCCGUGCACCGGGUUAUCGGUCUACGGAGAGUACGGCGUAUUUGAGAGAGUUGGCAAUGAGGCAUUACGAUAUAGUCAACGCCGAGCCAGAGACGUCUUCAUCGCAGUCACAGACGCCCAUUGUCCAUCCACCCACUGGUCUAUUUGGAAGCCCGGUAGUUGCAACGUCACUGCACCGCGAUGCCAUGCCGGCCUUCACCUUUCCAGUUCCUCGGCACACACCGGAUACUUCCUCUUUUCCCGCUUUCGAUGACGAUGUUCCGCCCGCUAGCUACAUAGAUCGCGCUGAUAAGAAACCUCUUGUCACAGGUCGUCCACGCGCUGGAUCGAAAUCUGUACACACUGGCCGUCCACGCGCUGCUUCCAAGGCACUGAAUGAAGCUUACAACGCCGCCAACCCACCAUCAACGCCCCGUCUAAUAUUUCCGUUCAGCUUCGUCCCGCCUACCGAGCACACUGGUACUGAGAACGACAACACCACCAGCGCCACCACCACUGAUGCUCAGAAAAUUACCUUCGUAGCCCGCUGCCCACUACACUCGGAGUCUUGUAAUGGUCAGGACGUGGUACACGAGCAUAUGACGCAGCGUGCUAGGAAUGGUGCUGGGUUCAAGGACUUGUUUCCCACGGUUGAGUGUGAGGGUGGAAGGGUGAUGGUGGAUUGGAAGAAGUUGAUGAAUGAGGAGGUGGAGAGGCUGAAGGGUGUGUGA